AUGGAAGACGAUCAGGCUCAGCCUUCCUUGGAAGAAGGGUUUGCUCCAGACCUCUGCCUCUUGGGCUCCUGCGAUCCUUGUAUCUUCUUUGCAAGUUCUGCAGGGUGCCACAGGGAUGCUUGUCCGUUCUGUCACAUCCACAAGCAGACCUGGGAAAUCGGCCCACAGAGGCCAGGCAAACAGAUUCGCAUGCGGCUGAAGAAGACCAUGCUCAAUCUCUUACAAAGUCGGGAGAGUUCGCCAGACAGGGCACACAACGAGCUGCAGCGCCUUGCUCGAAAGAGUGUCUUUGCUCGCCACCUUUUGACAGGCUACCUGGAGGCACAGGCAGACCCUGAGGGUCAGGGGGCACCUGCCGCAGAUGAAGUUCACGGUCAGCCUGCAGCCAGUACUUUGGAAGACGGGUCUGAGCUUGAGUCGUUCCUGAAAGGGCAGCCGCUAUCGCUCUAG